AUGGAUCCAUUGCAAUAUUUUCCUUCGGAAAUGUUUGAAAGGAUUUUAGUCAUUUUACAUGACAAGGACGUUUUUAAUGCUGUACAAGUUUCCAAGCCUUGGAAUUUUUUUAUAAACAAUAAUGAUCAUUUUUGGAAAGAACUAUGCAAAAGACUUAAUCCCGAUGAUGUUCUGUCUGAUCAGUGUGAAAACUUAUCCUGGAGAGAAAUAUAUCUUGAGAACAUUGGUAAAAAUGGCGUUGUACGAAGGUGGAAAAAGGGAAGAUAUAACAAAAUAUCGACUUAUGAGGAAUUGCAACCUGACUUUAUAUGCAAACUAGAUGUCGAAACCUGGGGUUUACUCCUAGAUUUAGUAACAGUUUUAUAA